UGAUAGAGUCUCUACUGGACACAAUGCAUACCACUGGAUGUGACUUUACCAAUGGAUUCCAAUGUCUCAGUCGAGUGACAAUUCCUGAGAGUCAAGACUCCACAAUAGAGAGAGAUUGAGGAGGUGGUGGAGUAUCUCCUGGAAGAAUGUGCCUCUCCUCAACAACUGGUCCAGUCCUACAGACCAAAGAUGCCUCCUCA